GCCGAUCUCUUUCUUCGAUCUCAUUAAAUUCGUUUCUCAAUUGCUUGGUUCGUCCUUAUGUCCAGAUGGGACAUCGGCCGCCACCGGUCGCCACUGGUCUUUGCCCCUACUUUUCUAUUUGGAUCUAAAUGUUAUGGACGGGUUCUUCCCACGUUGGUCAACUUAAGCAAGCGUGGAGUGUAGUUGCAUUUGAGUGCAAACUGUGCAACAUAGAAGAGGAGUCUCCCGAUCAUGUUUUUCAAUUAUGUCCUCAAGCUCGGGCUGUCUGGAAGCUAGCUGUGAUUAUUUCAGCCCUUCUGCAGACAGUUUGGAAGGUUGGGUGCACGCAGUCCUGGGGAAUGCAGUGGACGAGAGAUGGGGCAGGUUUAUAGUCAUCAUUUGGAGCCUAUGGAAGCAGAGAAAUCUGGCAGAGUGGAAGGAAGAAUUUCAGGGGGCUGCAGUAGUGUCAUGGGCUGCAGACAGCAUGCUGAAAAGCUGGGAGGAUGCACAAAAAUUGAAAGUGACAGCUAGACAAGUUCCGGCAAGUGCAAACACGACUUGGCAGAAACCGCAACAGGGUCAUAUCAAAAUUAAUAUUGAUACAGCUGUUAACGAGAUGGGGAGAACUAGAGUAUGGGAAUGGGUUACUCGCAAUGGCCGGGGGACUUUCAUAAAGGCUGUUAAUUAGUCUAAAAAGGUGGGUUGGUCCGCGGUCGAAACUGAGACCGUGGGAAUCAAGGAAGCUAUUUAUAGAGUAUAAACU